GAGGGGGGGGAGAGAGAGGUGGUGAACAAAGAAGCUUGAACAGUUGAAGGGAGAAGAAGAUUUCAAAGGCCACGGAGCUUGAGAGAGACCUUGGCCGCAGAGUACAGCACCCUGCUCUGCAUGCUUGUAUUCCCUGCCUUCCACUGUCAGUAUGGCCUACUAAAUCUCCCACCCAUUCACUGUCUUUUUUUAACUCCAGAUCCUGAAAUCAUUCAAAAUCUCUUGAAGAGGAGAAGUUGGGAGGCUCCCUAUAAAUUCCUCUCCCCUGCGAAGGAAGAAACCAUCUGUUCCACCACCCAACUUCUGAAAGCUCUGAGGUUCUCCUCUCCAACACACUAUCAUCUUUCUCUGUUGUAUUUGUUCUCUUCUUCUGUUAUCCUCUGGUCUACGUCCCUCAUUGCCUUUCGUUCCUUUUUCCUCAAACAGAGCAAUAUUUUAGGAAAAAGAAGAAAGGUCAGAACUAGAACGAGACUCAUCCAUUUCAGCCAACCAUGGAUUAAUAUAGCUUUUUCCUAUCCCAUAGUAUAAACCCAUCAUUUCUUCUCCAAUAAGAUAAGUUUUCUUUUCUUUUCUUUUCUUUUUUUUGAAGAAAAACCAGAAACGGGAGAGGAGAUGAAGGAGUUUUGGACAUCUCUGGCCUCGCUGAUGGGGGUGUUCGCCUUCUGCCAGAGCAUCCUCCACGCCGUCUUCCCUGCGGAGCUCCGCUUCGCGACGGCGAAGCUCUUCAACCGCCUGUUCAACUGCUUCUCCUCCUACUGCUAUUUCGACAUCACCGAGAUCGACGGCGUCAACACCAACGAGCUCUACAACGCCGUCCAGGUCUACCUCAGCUCCUCGGCUUCGGUCGCCGGCAGCCGCCUCUCCCUCACCCGCGCCCUCAACUCCUCUGCCUUCACCUUCGGCCUCUCCAACAACGACCGCCUCGUCGACACCUUCCGCGGCGCCACCGCCACCUGGGAGCACGUCGUCACCCAGCGCCAGGCCCAGACCUUCUCCUGGCGGCCCCUUCCCGACGAGAAGCGCGGCUUCACCCUCCGCAUCAAGAAGAAGGACAAGCCCCUCAUCCUCCCCGCCUACCUCGACCACAUUAUGGACACCGCCAACGACAUCCGCCGCCGGAACCAGGACCGCCUCCUCUACACCAAUUCGCGCGGCGGCGCCAUGGACUCCCGCGGCCACCCCUGGGAAUCGGUGCCCUUCAAGCAUCCCAGCACCUUCGACACCCUCGCCAUGGACCCUUUCAAGAAGGAAGAGAUCAUGGCCGACCUCAGAGACUUUGCCGAGGGCAAUACAUUCUAUCAGAAAACAGGGCGUGCCUGGAAGAGAGGCUACCUUCUCUACGGCCCGCCCGGUACCGGCAAGUCGAGCAUGAUCGCCGCCAUGGCCAAUUACCUCGGCUACGAUAUCUACGACCUCGAGCUCACCGAGGUGCACACCAACUCGGAGCUCCGGAAGCUCCUCAUGAAGACCACCUCCAAGUCGAUCAUAGUUAUCGAAGACAUCGAUUGCUCGAUCAAUCUGGCCAACCGUAGCUCGAAGAAGCCGCCGAGUGAGCCACCGUCGGAUUUCCGGGCCGGGGCCGGGCCGGACGACUCGACGGCCAACUCGAUCACCCUGUCCGGCUUGUUGAACUUUACGGAUGGAUUGUGGUCUUGCUGCGGGAGCGAGAGAAUUUUCGUGUUCACGACGAACCGCAUAGAGAAGCUCGACCCGGCGCUCCUGAGAUCGGGGAGGAUGGACAUGCACAUCUUCAUGAGCUACUGCUCCUUCCCGGCAUUGAAGAUUCUGAUGAAGAACUACUUGGGAUUCGAUGAUGGCGAAUUGGACGGUGAAGAAGAAGAUGGGUCGCUGAAGCAGUUGGAAGAGGUGAUCGAUGAGGCGGAUAUCACUCCGGCGGAUGUCAGUGAGGUUCUGAUAAAGAACCGGCGAAGGGAGAAGCGCGAGGCGAUGAAGGAGCUCUUGGAAGUGCUGAAGAGCCGCGUGGAGAAGAAGAAAGCGGGAAGACGUUCGGCUGCGGCAAGGAAGAAGACUCUGAACGAGGAGUUGGAGGAGGAGGAGGAAGAACAAGAGAAGAGGGCAUUGGAGAGCCCCAAGGAUGGAGGUGAAGCCAUGGAUACGUGCAAUGGUAAAGGAGGAGAGAAAGGGGAGGAGAAUUGAGAAUUUGAGAUCAUUUGAAGGUUUUUUUGUUUUUUUU